GCCUAGGUGGGAGGGCGGUGUCGGAACUUGGGUGCUGCAGUCAACAGUGAUUCCUAGUUCUUAGGUGCAGAAAAGAGAGACCCAGACAGUGGUUACGAGCCUGGGAUUCCUCCGGAGAGAAACUGGUGUACGCUCGAGUCGCGUUGAGAGAGCCUGCCAAAGAGCCUCUACCCUGAAGCCUCACCAAAGGCCCAAAGGCCCAGGAGCGGAAAGGUCAUUCCGACCGGGUCCUGGAGUCGAGGACAGUCUGCACCGCGGACGCGGAAUACCAGAGGAAGACAGAGUUCGCCCGAACCCCUAGCUGCCGUAGGCCGAGGUGGAGCGAAGGCUCCAUCCUGGGGCAGCGUCGGCCCAUCACACCGCGCUCCUCGUGCUUUGGAGAAGACCCCCUACCUCUCCUAAACUCGAGGUCCCAACACUGCAGCAGCUCAUACUGCGUCCACUUGAAGAACGACCCCGAAAGUCAGAAAAGUUGGUAUUGGGGCGAAAUGAAGUGUUCCACCCACUCAAGCAAGUAGGGUACAUCUGUGUCAGACGCAAAUGACAUGUUUUCAACACUUUUUGAAAUUUCAAAGAAACGAGUGUUACAUGUAGACACAUGUGGCCCCCUUGCCCGGAUGUUUGACCUACAGCAGGAGCCAGCUACCUUCAGGUUGGACGUGGAUGGACCCAGCCUGGGAUGGAUCCCAGGGGUCUCGACCAGGCACAGCUAGUAUCCGGGUACGGGAGCUGAGCUGGCAGGGCCUAAACAACCCCCAACCACAAAACAAGAGACUGGGCAGCCAUGGGGAUAUCUACAGGGAGCGGCGGGUGGAGGAGCAUCUAUCCCCUGCACGACUGCAGGCCCUGGCCCAGGUAGAUGACCUCCAACUGGUGAGGGUCCUGGAGAUGUGUGUGGACACCCGUAAGAACAGCCUGGGGAACUUCGGAAUGCACCUUCCUAACCUGAUCCAACUGAAGCUGAACCACAGCUGCCUGGGCUCCCUCAGAGACCUGGGCACUUCUCUGGGCCAACUGCAGGUGCUGUGGCUGGCUCGCUGUGGCCUGACUGACUUGGAUGGCAUUGGCUCCUUCUUGGCACUGAAGGAACUUUAUGUCUCCUACAACAACAUCUCGGACCUGAGCCCACUGUGUCUGCUGGAGCAGCUGGAGGUGCUGGACCUUGAGGGCAACAAUGUGGAGGACCUGGGGCAGAUGCGGUACCUACAGCUGUGCCCACGCUUGGCCACACUUACAUUGGAGGGGAAUCUAGUGUGCCUGAAGCCAGACCCUGGCCCUUCUAACAAGGCACCUCAGGACUACAACUACAGAGCAGAGGUAAAGAAGCUCAUCCCCCAGCUCCAUAUCCUAGAUGAGGUACCCACCACAUGCACCAACUUGCCUGCUCCCCAGAAGCUGAGCCAGGACUGGCUGAUGGUGAAGGAGGCCAUCAAGGAAGGCAACGUGCUUGACAUUCUCCUGCCUCGGCUGGAGUGUUCCCAUGGAGCCACCAUUCGGAAAUUUGACCCAACCUUGCCUGUGCCUGAGACCCAGCCAUGGGCCUUGUCCCUGCUGGUCCCUGGGGGCCCCUUGCCUGAAGGUCUGCUUUCUGAGAACCCAGCCGCAGAAGACCAUGCCAGCAACCUCACCCAUGGUCCUGGUCAAGUUCUCUGUGGGAACCCCACCAAAGGCCUGCGGGAACGUAGAAACCAGUACCAGGAAUGGGCACCCCUGGAACAGCUGCCCCCACAUAGGCCAGAUCUGGCCAUCAGACCCUCCACCCUAAGGCCUGACCCUGCAGAAAGCUGUGACCUGUCCAUGACUGGGCUUCGGGCCUGGAGGGAACCUGGCCUGCGUCCUCUUCUCCAAAGACAGCUGGAGUUCCAACAGGAAAGACUUACUCAUGUCCAGGCCCAGGACCCACAGAAGGCUCCUAUAGACCAGGAAGACCAGACUGGACCCAAGACUUCCCUAACCCCGCUACGCCUGGCCUCAGAACUUUCCAGGACAUCAGGCUUUCACUUGAUCCCUUCUCCCCCAAAGUACCCAAUGCCACCUGAGUCAGGCAUCAGUUCCUUGGGGAGAUCUGCAGACCUACCCUUCAGAGGACGUAGGCUGAGAGUCCUGGGCAGCUUGGGGCCUAGCCUGGGUGAGGGGUCUGUCCUGGGUGAGAGGUUGGCCUUGAGAGCCCUGGAGGUGUCCUCAGACCCCAGCCAUCGAGCCCAGGGAUGUCCAGAUCCCAAGCCAUCACUAGGCCCGGCAACUUGUCCUCUAGGGCUCCACUGCCUCCAUCACCUGAACCCUAUCCCUCCAGCCCAUCCUUUCCCUUAGCGUAGCCCUCCCUUGCUGACAUCUCUUGGCCUAGGUGGGGCCAAAAUGAAGUGGGUGAACUUGGGGCUGGACUUUUUAGAGGUCCCAGGACUCUGGGUCAUCUAUAUGGCCCAAAUUCUGAGCCUGCUAAUCCUAGGGUUCAAAAUGGCACAACCAUCCUGAGAAGGUUUGCAGGUUCCCUUAUGUGGGGCAGUUCCUUUCUCUUGGGACACCAUAUAACCUUUGUAAAAGCCAAGCGAAUCAUUUUCAACUCUCAGGUAUGCAGAAAUGUGCUUUACUUUAUAAGCAAUGGUUGGUUCAAUAAAUUAUGAAGCUGGCACUGCC